AUGCAAAUGUCGAUAAUAUUUUAUGAUUUGAUGACAUCGUUAUAUAUGAAAGCUUUUAUCAUUAGCGAAUUGUCUACCGUCAGAAUGGGACGCUCGGUAAGAGUGCUCCUGCGUGCGACGUUACUCUGCAUUUAUAUAGCAUCUUUGGAAGCUCAUCGCUACGAAAGGAUGGCUUCGGGAACGGACGUCGAACAGUGGGAAGUGCCGUAUCAAGUUUCUUUUAGGUUGAUUGAAGCGGAUCGUCAUUUAGGUAGUGGUGCCAUCCUUAACGUUCGAUAUAUCAUAACGCAAGCCUCGUUCAUAUGGAAACUCCUCCGUACCUAUCCGGAGCAAUCGCUAUCCGCAUUGGCGCGGAUUCGUUUAGGACAAGUGGAACUUAAGUCUAAAGCGGAUGAUCAAUUCCGUUCCAUCUAUUCGUACACAUAUCACCCUUCUUUCGAUUUCGAAGCUGCUCGUAACGAUAUAGCCCUGGUGCGCACAGUCGAGUAUAUAGAAUUUAAUAGAUUCGUACAGCCAAUUGAACUUCGGAAAGGUUCCAUUCCGGAAGGCAGUGCAGUGAUGUACACGGAUUGGGGUGCAGAAAGGGAUACUGCUACCCAGGAUGACUACAAGGAAAAGCUUCAAAAAGUAGACGCUCGUGCAAUAUCGAAUGAUCAAUGCAAAGAGCUACUAAGUCCUUGGGAUUUACAGGAUUUGGUGUACGACACCCGGGUGUGCAUCUACACGAACGGAACGGGAAGCAUCUGCACGGGUAAUGUCGGAGGCCCACUUGUGAUUAUGGAGGUUGGACAACCACAGCUCGUAGGGGUUAUGUCUUACGUGUACAGAGCAUGUAACUCUUACGCUCCCGGAGGAUUCGAACGGCUUUGGAAUCACUACGAAUGGGUCACUAAAACGGUUACCAUUGACUACAGUUAUGUGAAUUUCGGUGAAAUGUGUCGAGUAGCAAGGAACGUAGCAGCCCAACUAUUGUUUCAGAACAAAGAAACUGUGCGACAGCGAAGAGCCUUGAAAAAUUCCCAGUCUGAAAAUGACACGAAGCUGUAG